CCUCCAUUACCAUGGCAAGAAACCUAGCCAUCAUCGACUAUCCCUACAAAUCCAGACCAUCCACCCUCUUGAACUCUCUCUUUAUGUCCACGAUGAAUGUCGCCGCGAAAACGCUUGUUUCUGUGGCUUCAAACUUGAAGUUAGAGCAUUCGGAGAAGUGGAGACUCCGUGAUCAUAUGAGAUUUAUGGUGAUGUUAAUGACCUGGGUCACCGUUUGGGUUCUUAGGGUUUUGAUGGACUAUUUCCCAAGUGUGAUGACCUUCUCUCCAAAUUAUCUUCUUCUUGGACGCAACUCAACCUUUGGAUCUUCCACCUUGGCACUCCCGGCACCAUCUUCGUCGUCAACAGCAUUAUCAACUUCAGCUUCGUCCUUGGAUUUGCUUCUCCAAGAUGAUUUUGAUGGACCUUCAGUUCAGGCUCUCGGUAGGGCGCUCACACAUAUACUUGCGUUGCUGAAUGAUAUACCAGCCACUUCGAGGAAAUAUCAGUUUGCAAUGGCAAUGGCGGACAAUAUCAUGGACGGUAACUUCCGAGAUGGCCACCACGAACUCAUGCAAGUCAAUCGGACAGCUCUUUCGUCAGCAUUCGAGCGUACGUUAAGCCUUCUGUUGCGAUCCAUGCAACAGUUGCAUGGCUCCGACGAUUCUAGCUCGUGGACAUUCCGUUUGUUAAGGGCCCUGCCAAUGGGGUCCUACAUUUCAUCUUACGUAAAGGGGCUGAACUCCUGCUUGAGAACUGUCAUACAAACGGUUCGUAGGGGCACAUUGGCGUUGCAGUUGGACAAGAGGCGACAAUUGAAUAGUAGCUGCGUUAAUGAGGGAGCCGACGAUGUGGUGGCGGAGAAAUUGGCACAGGAACUCCUUUGGAUAACCAACAAAUUGAGGGCUUAUGAUGCUGUGGACGAAGCUAUGGUACAAUGGAGUUUUGCUUCUUCCCUCGCUUCCUUCGCAUUCUCAGCUAACCCUAGGAUUCAGGGUUACAUUGUCAAGAUUUCAGCUCUAUUAAUCGGAGAUCUCGCAGGCAGCAAGGUAGAAGUUUCAACGCAAGUGAAGUUCAGAUUACUGGUGCUGUGGAUUCCACUGUUUUGCUUUGCGAACAAUGGAUUAUCGUAUCCUUUCUUGACGAGCUUCGACAAGAUAGAAGUCGAGAGAGCAAUUGAUGAAGCCAUUUCCACCUUACCUGCAAUGGAUCAAGAAGUUAUUCUCAUAAACUGGCUACAAGAUUUCACUUUGUGCGCCUCAGAUUGGCCCAACCUCAAAGUUUCUUAUGAUCGGUGGUGCAGAUGUACUCGUCAGCUUGCUCAAUGAUGCUGUGAAGGAGUUUAUUAUGCUAAAUGGUGAUUGGUGGGUUUAUUAAGCUUGUCAUUUACCUUGUUUUUGGAAGUAUUCAUACAUUAUUAUUUUGUUCUAAA